CUUUCCUUUCAUUUUCAUCAAUCUUUGAUAUACCAAUCCAUAGUUGUAGCGUUCUCUCAAAAUCAAAGCCACGAAAAAUCACAUUCGAUUUCCAUCCCACCAAUUCUACGAACAGAGAGGUGAAAAUGGAGUCUAAAAAUUUCAUUUUGGUCAAGCUUCUGCUGCUGCUGCACUAUUUGUCCCUUUUCUGUGCUUCACAGGAUUUUGAUUUCUUCUACUUUGUUCAACAGUGGCCUGGAUCAUACUGUGACACACAGAAGAAUUGUUGCUACCCCACAAGUGGAAAGCCUGAUGCAGAUUUUGGAAUUCAUGGUCUGUGGCCUAAUUACAAUGAUGGCUCAUACCCUUCUAACUGUGAUCCUAGCAACCCUUUCAACCCAUCUCAGAUAUCUGAUCUGAGAAGUAGUUUGCAAAACAAUUGGCCCACACUUGCAUGUCCAAGUGGGGAUGGGAUGACAUUCUGGAGCCAUGAAUGGAACAAACAUGGAACUUGUUCGGAGUCAGUCCUCAAACAGCAUGACUAUUUUGAAGCAGCUCUCAGCCUUAGACAAAAGGCCAACAUCCUCAAAGCUCUUACAUCUGCAGGAAUUGAACCAAAUGGAGGAUCGUACAGUUUGAGCAGCAUAAAAGGGGCAAUAAAGGAUGCAAUUGGGUACACUCCAUUCAUUGAGUGCAAUGUCGACUCAUCUGGGAACAGCCAGCUAUACCAAGUUUACUUAUGUGUCAACAAUUCUGGUUCAGAUUUCAUUGAGUGCUCUGUAUUCCCUCAUGGAAAAUGUGACUCAGAAAUUCAGUUCCCAUCUUUUUAUGCAUAAUUUUUCUUCUUCACAUUUUCAUAUGAAAGUGCUUUAUAUAAUAAAAUGCUGUAUCUAAUUAUAGCCAACAGUUCUGCAACUUCUGCUCUCAAUAUGUUGGUGAGAAUCUGUGGGAAUAAAUCCUAACAAUUGGAGAUUUUAUCUUUCCAGAUAUUGAAUGA